ACUACAACAAAAUGCGGUGGUUCAUACUCCUGUGCGCGGCUGCGUUCGUCAACAAUGCUAACGCCCAAAACCAAAUUUGGGAAUUGAACAGCGGCCUAACCGACCUGGUCGUUGGACCGGACUCCGCCGUCCACUGCCAGCUCACCAACCCCUCUGGCAGCAUCGCCUUCGAUGACUUCGGGCCGUGCAGGGUUAACGUCGACCGGGUCACGGAGCAGCACAGUGGAGUGUGGACCAUGAGCAUAAUUCAGGAGAAUAAUGUGUUGGCUGUACAGGAGAGUUUUACUGUACAGGUUACUUCUGCAGACUCCAAACCCACGGUAUCAACGAGCGUACAGCAAGACAAGCCUCUAAUAAAGCUUUCGUGCUUUAUGGCGAGCGCUGAGGUAGUCACAGCCUGCGUGUUUAGAGACCCCUCUGGUCGGUUGCUACAGGCUCGCCAAGGCGUCUCUGAGGACCGAUACAGCUUUUUUGAAAGCUCUAUAGCCGGUGUACAGAGCUGUGGCAUAGAUAUCAACGGACCCCUGACUUCAGACCUGGGCCUGUGGCGCUGCGACCUCCAAACCACUUCGGAUACCUACUUCGGCCAUCUCUCCGUGCUGUGCCCCUGGGCCAUGCAAGACCCUGAUAUAGCGGCAUCUGUUAUCUCAGUUCCUACUCUGACCAGUCAGACCAAGGAUCAGGUGGUGAAUGAGGGAGACAGUUUGACUAUGUCCUGCUCGAUCCAGUCCGCCAUACGUUAUUGCUAUUUCCGAGCCAGAAACGGAAAUAUCUUCAAUGUAAGGCCUGGUAUGACUUCUUCUUCCAUGGAGUACGUCGGAGCCAGCUUGGAGGCAGGAGAGUGCGGCGUGCGCUUCCCUUCGCUCCUAGCUACCGAUAGCGGUACUUGGAGCUGCCACGUCGGCUUACCAGACAGCAGCGAGGAUGAACAGCGCGUGCAGUUUUCCAUUGAAGUGCAAGAACCGAUAUCCGCUAGCCAGUUCGUGGAAGGCAACGAGUUGGUGAUAGAGGGAAUAGUCAAUGGAAAUCCUGCGCUUGACUACUGCAGAUUCGUCCGCAUUGACGGACAAGGAUUCACUUCUGAGAAUGUACCAGCCGGUUACACCGACAGCAGUUCUCUCAGCCAGGGUCAUUGCAAGAUACGCGUGGCAUCGCCCACAAUUCUGGAGCAUCAUCCCUGGACAGUAGUGGCCAAGGUCCAAGGCCAGGACACAGAACUGGCACAGUCUACUAACCACAGUAUUGAGAUGCCCCCUCCAGAUCGCCCGGUGACUUGGUGGAUAUACGUGGUGCUGGCUGUGACACUGGUAGCGCUGGUAGGCGUGUUUAUCUUCAAACGCAACCGCCGUUGGGCCGCCGAGACCGCCGCUGGCGUCCGCGAUAGCUUCAGGAAGAACAAAUACCCUGAGCAGGAGAAGCCGCCCCUACCAGCUUAAUCAUAUCCGAAUAGACCCGGCAUUAGAAAGAGUAAACUGACAGCUGCGGGCGUGUAUUUCAUAAAGGGGCCCACUGAUUAUCCGUCCGCCGGACGAUAUCAGAACAUAUAUUUGACAGUUCCGAACAACUGACAGGCCCUUAAGAUAAUAGGGUUGGCCUGUCGUAGUGUUUAGCAGAUGGCGCCAGCAUAGCUUGCCCUGUCAAUCCCUAGAAUGGUGUCAAAUUGUUAUUUUUUUAAUACCCUGGAUGCCAGCGCUUUAAGCCAAAUCUCAUAGAUAAAGGGGCAAGCUAUGAUGGUGCCAUCUCUGCAAACCUUUGACAGUUAAUUGCCAACCCCAUUAGGACGUCAUUUAGGGAAAACGAUUCAGUCCACAAAAAUCUGUCAAUAGAAUUUAAACUUUGCGUCAAAAAGAAGAUGGAUUCUUGUCGUUAAAUUACGCCUGAAGCGCCUGUGUAUUUUAUGAUGCAACGCGGUGUUACCGUAGGUAUAUAUAUAAAAAGUAUAUUAUUUAAUUCGACUUAAAGUUAUUUAUGUGACUCCAUGCCUUCUUAAUCAUAUGUUUACAACUGAAUAUGAAAUAUGCUUAGAAAAAUAUAUUUUUACAAACUGCUGUCAUUAUAGGUACUCUUCUUACUUUUGGAUCAUUAUAGAGCCGGCUCAGACUUCUCUGCCACUUUAUGUAUGUUUUUGAAUAUAUUUAACUGUGAUAAAUGAUAAUAUAAACACAAUGCAAAUAAAUUAUUUCAUCAGAAAA